AAGCGAACUCGACUCAGAUUCCUGGAGUACUAGUAAUCCCAAAAUACUUGCCAUCAAACGCACGCUGACAAGAUGGAGUUUCUGUCACAUCGGGAAGUUCUUGACCAAGGCAUAGAUAGUAAGUUGGCGAACAAUAAUAUUAAUUAAAAGGUCCGGGAUGAUCGAUGAUCGGAGACCACAGAGUCCUGGAAUAGGGUCCUGAGGAGACUAGUACUAUCUCCUUAUAUACUGGCUGGCUGCACCGGGUCUCCUAAUGACGCCCACAUCGAUUAACUUAACAUUUAGCAAGAAGAGCAUGAAAGUGCUCCGUAAAAUCCUUGCAUUGUCCUUCUUGCGUCCAAUCUCUCUUGUCAGCGUGACGCCGACAGAACCGUACAUCCAUAGGCUGCCGGCGGAACUUCUACGACAAAUCUUCUUGUUCAUCGUUCACAGUGCGCCAGACUCGCCGAGUAUCUUUUCAUGCGGACGUUACACUAUUUCGGCCAACGUUUCCAGCCCUCCCAUAGUCUUGACCAGGGUGUGCCAUCUUUGGCGAGUUGCUGCACUUUCAACAGCAGGAGUCUGGUCGCGCAUCCAAGUCGUGCUCCCCGGGCAAGUUAGAUCAUUCGGACCAUUUCUUCCACAUCUUCUCCAGUGUUGGCUUGCUCGCUCUGGUAGUUUGCCCCUCACCCUUCACAUUGUUAACAGUACCCCAUGCCACAACUUCACUUGCGCCAAUCGUAAUCACUACCCCUGGAUAAUAACACAGACAAAUGCUCGACUUCUCAAUAUCCUCCUUUCUGAGAGCAAGCGUUGGGCAACGGUCGUUAUGCCACACCCGUGUGACUGGGGUUUCAACUUCAACACACCUCAGUUGAGAGCCUUAGAAUGUUGUUCUUCAAAUGAUCUCAGCAAAUUCUAUGCACCAAAUAUUUCUCGCCUAUACAUCAACACUCACUGUUAUCUGGUCUCCCCAAUGAGACUGCGCAUCCCCUUUUACAAAGAUCUACGUCAUCUCCACCUCCGGGACGCUUCCGUGUUUGCCUUAUGCUCCACUAUAGCCGAUUUCCCUCAUCUGGAGACUAUCGCGGUUGAUGAAAUAUACCUGGUCAAUGUUCCUGCCGCUAGAAGUUAUUCAGCAACACUUGAGUCGAUGACCCUCCCCCUCCCCUCCUCGCGUCUCCGGCAAGAGUUGAAAGGCCUGUUCGGCCUCCUUCAUCUUCCCAUUUUCCGGAAAUUGACAGUGGUUGGAACACCAAAAAAACGACGAGUUGAUCAUCUUUUGUCGAUGCUAGCGGUGGCAUCUUUCCGGGUGCCAGUGGUAGAUUUUCAAACGGACGCACCAUUGAAGAAAGCUCACAUGAGCCGGAUUGAGUCGUUGCUCUCAGUUGUAGGAGAGGUCACUUUUUGUGGGUAAGUGCUCCGUUAUCUCGACUCAUGCGCUUCGUCAUGUAAUUUGAACCUUGCCUUGUCUAGAAACGUGCUUCAGUUCGAUGAACAUCGGAAUUCGCAACGAAGGGGGAAGUCGAAGCUACGUUACUCGAGAUAAGUAUACACAUACGAAGUACACGCCGAUGAAUUCUACCAUAUCUUGAAGUAAAGUUCCGCAUCGAGUUCGAGCAAUGUAACCAGUCAGAUCCCCGUCUUGGGCGAAUUUGCCUUAUUCUCUGCCUUUUCAAUAUUGGCACAGUGCCUUCCAACUAGUCAAUAGCCCG